GUGUUUUACCCCGGAAGUGAGGUCUUCCGGGUUCCUCCCUCCCUCAAGAUGGCCGCGGCCGAAGAGAACGAGUUACCGCCGCCACGGCUACCCGAGCUGUUUGAUAUCAGCAGACGGCUUCUGGACGAAGUGGAAGGAGCGACUGAGCCCACCGGCUCCCGGGCAGUCCAAGAGAAGGUGUUGAAAGGACUCCAGCUCCUUAAGCAGGCCGCCGAGAUGUUAGCGCAGCUCGACUUGUUCAGCCAAAAUGAAGAUUUGGAAGAGAUUGCUUCCACCGACCUGAAGUACCUGAUGGUGCCAGCAUUUCAAGGAGCCCUCGCCAUGAAACAAGGCAACCCCAGCAAGCGCUUAGAUCAUUUGCAGUGGGCUCGAGAACACUUUUUAAACUACUUAACUCAGUGCCAGCACUAUCAUGUGGCAGAGUUUGAGUUGCCCAAAACCAAGAACAACUCAGCUGAAAAUAACACAGCUAGUUCCUCCAUGGCCCAUCCUAGCCUCGUUGCUAUGGCAUCUCAAAGACAGGCAAAAAUAGAGAGAUACAAGCAGAAGAAGGAGAUGGAGCAUAGGUUGUCUGAAAUGAAAUCUGCUGUGGAAAGUGGUGAAGCAGAUGAUGAGCAUGUUCGUGAGUAUUACCUCCUUCACCUUCGAAGGUGGAUUGGUAUCUGCUUAGAAGAGAUUGAGAGCAUUGACCAGGAGAUGAAUAUCCUGAGAGGAAAAGACUCUUCAAAAGAGGCAUCAACUUCUCACUCAUCUCGUCCGUCCAGGCCUCCAAUGAAACCCUUUAUUCUCACUCGGGAUGCAGCCCAAGCCAAAGUAUUUGGAGCUGGUUAUCCAAGUCUGGCAACCAUGACAGUGAAUGACUGGUAUGAUCAGCAUCGGAAGUUGGGAGCUUUACCAGAUCAGGGAAUAGCCAGAACAACAUCAGAGGCCAAAAGAGCAGCUCAACAAGAAGAUCAAGAACAAAGGGAGGAAGAGGAUGAUGAGCAAACACUCCACCGAGCUCGGGAGUGGGAUGACUGGAAGGAUACCCAUCCUAGGGGCUAUGGCAACCGAAAGAACAUGGGUUAGUCUUUCUACAACAAGAUGGGACUACAGGGCGCGCACAUCUUCCCCACAAAGGAAAGCUGUGCAGUCUCCCCCUCCCUGGGCUCCUGCUUCAGCUCUACCAGGAAGGCAAAGACACCUAAUCUUGCUUUGCGUUCAAUAAAGUGUCAAGCAAUUAAGUGUGUUUUGUUCCCUAGGUGAUGAACCAGUGAUUCUUAUUUUUGCAUUAUCUUAAUCAUGUUGUAUUUCAGAUUCCUAGGUAGGAAGAAAAGGAGUACUGAGAAAUGGCUCUAUAAUCAAUGGCUGAAUGAAUUUUCCUUAAAAAUAAAGUCCUUUCUAUUACAUCUAUUCAGAAA